UCCCCCCUUCCUUCCCUUCUCCCACCACCAUGGAACUUAUGGCUCUAAUCCAACAGCUCAACCAAGGCAAACACCUCGCUAACCAACUCCGAACCCAUCUCCAUCCUUCUUCUUCCUCCCAUGCCAUUCACCUCAUCGAUCAGAUUCUUCGUUCCUACGACAACGCCCUUGUCUCUCUCGCCCCUGCUGCCGCCCUCAAAUCCACCCCUGUUCCGACCAAGAAGAGAAAGGUAAUGCCCAAAUGGAGUGAGCAGGUUAAGGUUGCUUCUGCCUCUGCCUCUGCCUCUGCCGUUGAAGGCCCUCUUCAUGAUGGGUUUAGCUGGAGAAAGUAUGGCCAAAAGGACAUUCUUGGAUCCAAAUUCCCCAGAGGCUAUUUUAGAUGCUCGCAUCGCUUUACCUUGGGAUGUAAAGCAACAAAACAAGUUCAAAAAUCAGACAAUGAUCCAACAAUUUACGAGGUAACCUACAAAGGAACACACACUUGCAACAGACCUCUUCAUUCCAAAACACAACAACAACAACUCCAAAAGCCUUCAUUGCCAUACCCAAUGCCACCAAAACAAGAACAAAGGCCACAUGAUGAUGAGCCUUCAUGUCAAUCCUUCAGCCCAGAAGUAGCAGCCAUUCAUGUCAAAUCUGAGACAUUCGACGAUAUCGAUAUCGACAAUGGUUUCUCUCGACCUUUACGUCCUCCAUCAUUGUUGUUUGAAUCUGAAGUUCAAGAUGAUGAUCAAAGCCCUUUUAGAGAAAAUGAGUGGUUUGGAUUGUGUUGUGAUUUCGAAACCGGGGUCGUGUCGAUUCCGAAUUCGGUGACUAAUAUUUGCAUUGGAGAGUUGGAGGAGUAUUGUAGUUUUGAUAAUCUGGAGUUGUUCUGUUGAAAUUGUGUUGUUUUCUCACCUCCCAAACAAACAAAGAGGGAAAGGAAAGAAAAGAAAAGAUUGUGAAUUAGUAGUCCGUAGGAGAAAAUAGGAAUAUUGUAAGUUUCUUAGCACUUGUGAAUUUGAAUAAAGUUAAGAAGAAGAAUAGAUUUAAAUGCAAA